UCUGUGACUGUGACUGCAUGCCUGCCCCUCCAGAUCCCGAGCGUGUUGGCGGUCACAUGAUCUCAAGAGAUGACCUGGAAUAUCCACGGGAAUACCGGACGCUGGGGAACAACGCUCGGCGCUUCUCCAAUGUUGGUCUGGUGCAUACGUCUGAGCACCGGCACACAGUCAGUGCUGCGCAGAGCCUGGAGGCCCUGACCAACCUGCACAAAGCUGACAUGGAACGCAAGAGGGACGCCUUCAUGGAUCACCUGAAGAGCAAGUACCAACAACAGCAGCAGCAGCAGCAGCAGCUUCAGCAUCCACACCACAGCCCCCACCACAACCCACCGUCACCCUCACCCUCCCACGCCAGCAUGAGGGGUACAUCAGAGCGAUCUGCAAGAGAACAACAACAGCCCAACUACUGGAGCUUUAAGAGCCGCAGUCCACGCCACUCCCAGUCUACCCAGUCUGGUCUUGCCGACCAGGCUGCCAAGCUCUCUUUUGCCUCCGCUGAAUCCUUGGAGACCAUGUCAGAAGCCGACAUCCCCAUUGGGUUUAACCGGAUGAACCGAUUUCGCCAGAGUCUGCCGCUGUCCCGCUCAGCCAGCCAGAAUAAGCUACGAUCUCCAGAUGAAUUUUCAGGCGUGCUGUUUCUGCAAUAUGGAGAUGAGACGCGUCGGGUGCACAUCACCCAUGAGCUCACCAGCCUGGAUACGCUGCAUGCUCUCAUCGUGCACAUGUUCCCUCAGAAGUUGACAGCAGGUAUGCUGAAGUCACCCAACACAGCCAUCCUGAUCAAGGACGAGGCCCGUAAUGUCUUCUACGAGCUGGAGGAUGUCAGAGACAUUCAGGAUCGCAGCAUCAUCAAGAUUUACCGCAAAGAACCCAUCUAUGCUUCUUAUCCCGCUGCCGCACACCUGGCCAACGGGGACUUGAGGAGGGAAAUGGUCUACUCUUCCCGCGACUCCUCCCCCACUCGCCGCCUAAAUACGCUUCCUUCAUCCACCGCCUCAGCAUCCUCUGGGUCUCCUUCGCGCUCACGCCUCUCCUACAGCGGGGGCCGCGCUCCAUCCUUCGGUGGAUCCCAUCCCCAACAUGAUCAGCCCCGACACCCACACCAUCCCUCGGCCGGCCACGGUGCCAACGCAGGUCUGUCCCCUUCACCUAGUGCCAUCCUGGAGCGCCGCGAUGUCAAGCCUGAUGAAGAAGUUUCUGCUAAAAACAUGGCACUGAUGAAAAAUGAGGGGUUAUAUGCCGAUCCCUACAGCUUGAUGCACGAAGGCCGCCUCAGCAUCGCCUCCACCCAGUCGUUAGCUACGAUCGGAGACCCCUUUAGCUUCCCUGUUUCCUCUGGCCUGUACCGACGUGGCUCUGUGCGCUCCCUCAGCACCUACUCAGCUGCUGCUCUCCAGGGAGACCUGGAAGACUCGCUCUACAAGCCUGGAGGUUCACUAUACUCAGAUACAUACUCUUCUGCCACUCUGGGCAUGGGAUUUCGCAUGCCACCCUCAUCCCCACAGAAAAUCCCUGACAUGCAGCUGAGGGACAGGGACUCUUAUUCCAGUACACCCAGAGCCUCACCUGUUAGACAGAGUUUCCGCAAGGACUCUGCCUCUUCUUCUGUGUUUGUGGAGAGCCCGAAAUCCAGGCCCAGCUCCAGUUCUGACCCUCUGUGUAUAACAGCUGGACCUGGAGAGGGCAGCCGCACCACAUCUGGUUUUGGGUCUUCGUUAUCCGGGCAAGAUUCUGACAGUAGCAGGGAUCAUCGCCUGGAGCGUAUGGAGGCCAUGGAGAAGCAGAUAGCCAGUCUGACUGGCCUCGUCCAGAGUGUGCUGACCAGAGCACCAGACAGUGACAGCACAUGUGGCCUGCUGCGUCUCUGCAUGAUGGCGGGCUGCCCUCCAGACCAAGGGACGGAGUUUUCACGGCCAUUACCUUUCUCUUCCAGCGAGAAGACCGAAACCAACAGUGAUGGCUCCGCCACUGGAACCGGACGACAGAAGAAGAAAGCAAAUACACCGUCGGCACCUCUAGCUCUGAUGCCGCCGCCACCUUCUAACUCAAUCCAGGUGAACAGCGUUGGUCGCUUGCAGAUGCAGCUCCAUCUUCACGGUCUGCAGCAAAACGCCAGCGACCUGCGCAAACAGCUCAACCAGCUACGCAAGAUCCAGCUAGAGAACCAGGACUCAGUGCGAACGCUGCUGAAGCGGACAGAGGCGGAGCUGAAUGUGCGCGUGACUGAUGCCCUGAGGAAGCAGGAGGAUCCUCUCCAGAGGCAGCGCCUCCUGGUGGAGGAAGAAAGACUCAAGUAUCUCAACGAGGAAGAGCUCAUCAUCCAGCAACUCCACGACCUGGAGAAGUCAGUGGAGGAGAUCCAGAAGGAGUCGUCUGUCAACCACAAGCUGGUGACAGUGCAGGAGCUGGAGGAGAAGGCCACUCUUCUCAGAAAGCUGGGAGAAACACUCACGGAGCUGAAAAAUCAAUUCCCAGGUCUGCAGAGCAAGAUGCGGGUGGUGCUCCGGGUGGAGGUGGAAGCUGUCAAAUUCCUGAAGGAAGAGCCACACAGACUUGAUGCCCUGUUAAAACGAUGCAAGACUAUAACUGAUACCCUUGCUACCAUGCGCAAACAAGCAAAUGAGGGAGUAUGGAAGAAGCAUGAAGACUUCACUAGUUCAUCAUCCAAGCACAACGAGGACUUGCGAAAGUUUGCAGACUUUGAAAUCCCCACCAGCCCACCGCUCGCCAUCAAUGACCUCGGGGGAGGCAACAGCUUGUCCAAUUGGAGCCCUCACUCCAGCCUCAGCCGUGGACAUGGCAACCCAUCCGGCCUUCACAAGGAUAAUCAUCCUCCUGUUCCCCACAAGGGCAAGGCUCUGGAAGAGCUUGAGCGUCGUGCUGCUGCUGACAAAGCUUUGUCCAUGGAGGUCCGACUGGCAGCAGAGCGGGACUGGGAGGAGAAGCGGGCCAGUCUAACCCAGUACAGUGCUCAGGACAUCAACCGUUUGUUGGAAGAGACCCAGGCUGAACUAAUGAAGGCUAUUCCAGAUUUGGAUUUUGCUGCCAAGCAGAUUAAGCCCUCCUCCAACACACCAUCAACACAGACCCCCCAGAGUGGGGCAGCGACCCCAGACCACCGUGCCAACAAGCCCCAGCACAAGCUUUCUGGGAAAGAGGGAGGGUCCAGGCGUGGCUCUGAUGAGCUUACAGUACCUCGGUAUCGAACAGAGAAACCCUCCAAGUCCCCUCCACCUCCACCGCCUAGACGCAGUUUCCCCUCAUCUCCAGGAGUGACCACUCGCAGUGGGGAGCCACUAAUUCCUGGAAAAAGCAUAAAGAAGUCUGAAUCUGAAGAGACAGAGGGACAGAAACCUCACAUAAAACUGAGGAGGACUGUGUCCGAAAACCCUCGUCCUUCAUCAACACCUCCCACACUGGCUUCUGAAGAGAAAGAGGAGGGAGAGGAGGAGAAAAUUGCUGCCGAAUUGGAGCUAUUUGAGAGAGCCCCGCUCAGGCUCUCUAAGCCAGCUCCCCUUUCCCUGCUAGUUAGCCCAUGCAGUAUGAAAAGUUUACACCCAUCCAGACUGGACCUGUGGGCCCCUGAGGCCUCAGGCAGUGAGGCAGGGCACAUGUCUCCUGUCCCCCACAUCGUGUUGACAGAGUGCUGUCCUGCUUCGCUCACAAACUCAGAGGAUCCUGUCAGAGAUUUAGGGAAUGACCUUGUGGAGGAGAUUCAAUCACAAGAUUGGACUGGUCAUCAUUCAGUCGGCAAGACUAUAAUUUCAAGGAGAAAGCAUUCAGGGGGAUUUGAAAGUCCUCCACAGCGAGAACAGUGUUCAGAUAGUGAAUUCAAACAGGAAGUUGCCCUGCUGGUGACAGAUCUGGACAUGAGAGUGGUGUCUCCUCUUGAGGUCCAAGAGCUCAGUGAGACUAAAGGAGAUGUUCUUCACACUUUAAUCAUCUCACCGCAGACUAAGGAACUGUCUGAAACUCAGCUGAGUCACCGGCCUCUGCUAGUGCUCUUCAAGGUACAAAAAACUGUCAAAGAGGCCUACGAACUGCUGUAUUCCCUUAUGGGGACAUUCGAAUUAAAAUUCUCCCAUGCCCCAGGCCAGCAGAUGUCUCUAGCUGAGGCUCUGAGGAGAGGCAUAGAGACGGGGGCUAGCAUGCUGACAUUUCACCACAAACCUGAAAUUAGGUUAAUACCUGAGAUACAGCUGAGCUCAGUAAGCAGUACUCUUAACCCUAAUGGGUCAACUAGCUCUGCGGACACUCCGAGGAGAAUGACCGAAAAUGUCCGACGCGCCACCUACAAGAGGCUGGACAGCUUGGAGGAGACUAUUCGAGAGCUGGAAAACACAUUGAUAGAGAUCAGCGGUCAUGCUACUAGAGAGCAGCUGUACAGUCAGACAGUCAUCAACAGUAGCCCUGUACCGACGACUGGUAGUCCAACUGAGGCGAAGAAGCCACCACUCCCACCCAAGCCGUCCGCCUCGGGUCCAUCAUCAAUCCAGGGAGGAACUAAUUCCGGUGGCGGGAAGUUUCUCCACUCCUCAGCUGCCUCCAAACUGAAGCACCUGCAACAAAACAGCACAGAAAAGACUAAAAGUGGCAAAAGAGAGGACUUCAUGAAGGUCCAGGGCCAGCAACAGGCGAAAGGGACCUACAGCACCAGUGGCAGCAUUGAGCCAUACCUCUCUGGUAUCAAAACGGGCAUUUUUUCAGGCCGAGUGGCCUCUCCUGCGGCAGCGUUUGUUCCUGGUCUGAGGAAGUAUCCCCAGGAGGGGGCGAUGCCUGCACUUACAGCCUCCUCAAGCCAAGCAAAGGCCCUCUUGGCAAGCCUAUCUGCUUCCGGCCUGAGCGCCGAGGCCUUGCUCCUUUCCUCCGCCCUUCGUCAUCACCGCCUUCUACGUGAGCAGCGAGCCUCCUCCCUGCCCCUGCCCAGCAGCCAAUCCUCCUCCCCUACUCCAACUGCUACCUCCUCCUCUUCAUCCUCGCCAAGCACCCCGACUCCAUCCCUAUCUCCCUCCUCUCCCACCUUUGGUUCCUUUGCCUUCUCCUCUGGAGUUCUCAAGCCCAGCAGGCGUAGCCUCGACAGCUCCAGCCUCAACAGGUGCAAAGAUGGUGGCAGCAAGCCUGUGAAAAAGGACUUUUACCCUGGCAACAAGUGAUGAAUAGGAGGAGGAUAAGGACUUUGGAUACAGUUCUCAACCACAACCAUCAUAUCAUGAACCAUAAAGAUGAACUAGCUGCAUUAUGGAACAAUAUUCUUUAUAUUCCAGUUCUUAUAAGAUUUUUUAAUUUUUCUUUUCUUGUUUUUUCUCUUUCCUUUUAUUGCACAGUCUACCACAGUGUAAAUGGAGUCACAGUUUUCUUCACGGACAAGUUUCCUACUCUGAUCCGGUACCUUAGUUCUACUGCAGUUCUACCACAAAGUCAUUCUGUCACCUUCCCAGAUAGAGAGUGCACAAACAGGCCUCCCCUCCCACCAGCUACCUGCUAUAAGCUGAUGUGGUCUGGAUGUAUUUGCUGACAGCACCAUUCUCACAUACCCUCUCUCAGUGGGUUGUUAGUGGCAUAGUGAAGUAUCUAGACUGUGACUUUGAUCAUAUAGAAAAAAGAGCUGCAAUAAUCACCAAGUGAGUUCAGUAGUUGUGUGUGUUCAGGAUAGUAUUGUUUUGACUUACCUGCAUCACCUGACUGAAUGUGAUUCCACUCAGAAAACAAAAAAAUAUUUCAAAAAAUCAUAAGGUGGCCAAGGUGAUGAAUGAAGUUUCAAGCUGUUUAGUGUUAAAAGGGCAUUUGUGGCUUUUUUUUUUUUUUUAAAUCGCCUGUUUUAAACUCUAAACUGGUGCUAUGUUUUCCCCUUUGUUUGUACAAACUGAGCUUACACAAUUGUUCCCCCCUCCUGUCUCGGAGUCUGCUUUCAUUUAAUUUUGUAUUUUAAUCUAUAUUUACAACCCUACAAACGAAAUACUUGCAUCAGCAAUUAGGGACAUUUAAAGUAGAUGUCUAAUUGGAAAACUGGAAACUGCAGUGCAUUCACAAGAAUAUAGAAAAGGCAGCAGUCCUGAAAUAGCACAAGUCUUUUUAAAGAAACGACAAAGAGGCACGGUUACGCAAACAGAAGGGAAAAGUGCAAACGAUGAAUUGUAUUCAAAUGUUGGUUUUCAUAUGUGUGUAUUAACUAGUUAAUUAUGACAAUCAGGAUGUUUCCACAGUAGCAUCUUCUAGGUUGCUCUGGCAUUACAGAGCCUGACAUCACAACCCAUCCCAAAGACUUAAGCACACACACUGAAGAACAACACACAAACACACAGUCUCUCUCACACACACACACCUGAAAAAGCAACCUGUACAGCACAGACUCAACUAUUUUUUUUUUCUUUCAGCCAAUCUCAUGUGAAUAAUCAUCGUAGGUCACAUCUGUUUCACCACUUAUAAAGAGCACUCUGGUAAAUUAUGCCAUAUUAAUCUGAUCUCACCCUCUGAUAGAUUCUUUCUUUUGGGAUAGUAGUUCAAAACUACUCACAUCAAAGUUUAGGUCUUAUUGUAAAAUAUAACACAUUCUGUAAAUGAGCAGAUGACACAUAAAGCCUAAAAGUGAGUCUUACAAACCAAGAGCGACACAAGAGGAAAGUAUUGAAAUUUAAAGCAAGCACAGUUGACUGUCAAACACAAAAUUAACCCAAUUAAUGAGAAUUAACUUUGUAAUUUUCGUUAAUUAUGACAAGCACAAAGGUCAAAGCAUUCCCAUAUACAUUUGAUAUGCUACACAUUAGAUUCCAAGUAUCGCUUUGGUUAUAUUACCUGCAUUUUGAAGCAUGAAACUUUUAUGAAUGAAAGCCUUCAGUGUUUCUCGAUGAUAGAAACUCAAGUUGGGAUUAUUUUCAAGCACAUCAAAGGUCUGUCAGUGUGAACCCUGCACGAGGAACCUCUUUGGAAGCUGCCUGUCCUGUGUGUUUGCCUCGAGGCAGCCUGCUGGGGAGGUGAAGUAGCUGAAUGGACCGUAACCGACAAAGUGAUUCUUCUCACUGGUUCUCCAGCAUGACUGUGUGAAAUCGAUGCUUUGUGGCAUUGAGGUUUAAAACAUGUGAAAAGGGGCUCAUGUCAAAGAGUAGGCAGCUUUAGGAGAGGGGAUUAGUUUGGGGACAUGUGUUUGAAGGAUACUUUAAUAAGGGCGGCUUUGACUCGUCCUGUGUCCAUUGAGAGCGCUUGUGAAAUAAAAGACCCAAAGAGAUGAGAGGAAGGGUCUGACAGCCAGAGGGCACUUCUUUCCCUGCCCUCUUCACUUUGCAUUGAAUUUGGUGUGAAGGAUCUCUGAAAGUCAAAAGUGCUUAGCUGAGGUUAUCCAAGAACAAAGUUUGACGAGCCUCAAUUAUGAACAAUGUGUGCAAUAUAUAAUUAGCGCUCUUGCAAUUUUACCAAGGCAGUGCUCUUUGCCUUUGACAUACUCCUGCCUGCUUAUCUACAAGGACCUGUAACCAUGUUUUUCCCAGUGCCUCUAAGACGUUGCUCCUGCCAGAACCCCCCAAAUGAUCUUGUAUUACAGUAGUACAUCAGCAGCAAUGACAGAAUAACCCAUUUACCCAAAGAAGAAGCUGCGAGAACUGGUUUGUUCCCAUUUUUCUCAGAUAAAAGAAAACGGCACUUGAAAUGCAGUGCGUCAGGUUGCAGCAGUGGCAUUUGACUAAACACUCCCCAGCUCUAACAGUGUGCACAACUGCAAGCUCGCAGCACAGCGAAUUAAGUCUCACCCCUGGGUGCUCUGUAGCUCUGCCAGGCAGGUUCAAGCCCCGGGUUUCAUAUUGAGUGAAGUCAAAUGAAAGAAAUUCACUUACUCAUGCUGUUCCACACUCAAAUCCAUAACUCUCCAAGUUAAAUUUGCUGCAUUUGCGUCUGGUGAGCAAUGGGGAGGAAGCAUGCACGCUUGGCUGCUUUCCCCCAAGUAAAGUCUGAAAUGAAACCCUCCCAGAAUUGCGUGACAGUGCUCUCUGGACUUUUUUUUUUUUUCAAGACAAGUGUUAGUGGGCUGUGAUUUCAACAUGGCUGGAGGUUUAGAGGGCAUGUCAAAAAAAAAACUCACAGUGGAUGCCUCUGGCAAUCAGAAAAACUCAAACUUGAAAUGAAACAGAAGAAAUAUACAUAUAUAAAUAUAUCUAAGUGAGAUGUUUGUGUAUGAUAUUAUAAUUGUGAAGAAAAUGUGAUAUAUAUAUAUAUAUAUAAAUAUAUAUAUAUAGGCCUAGAUUAAAUUAUAUACUGUAAAAUGUCAUCAUCUCUUCUGUUUUAUAUACUAGUGACCAUUUUGUACAGAUUUUUCUUUUUUUAAUUCAUUGAGAGAUAUUGCAUUUCACACUGAGAUUAUUUAUUCAUAUGCAGAACAUUUUUAUAUUUGUUUAAAAUCUCUGUAUAGAUAAGAGUUAGCCUCUGUAAUAUACUCUGAAGUUAGUUCAUUUUUAAAUUCUAAAUUUUUCUUUACGAACACCAAGUUAGAUUUUAUGUAAUUUUAAUUUGUAAAAAAACACACAAAAAAAGCUUUUCCCUGAAAAUACUUGUCCAGCUCGUGUACACCUUUGCCUCUUUAUGUGAAAGGUCACUUUAAGAUAUAAGAGGCUGGACCAGUGCCUGUGUGUUGGGCUUAUUUUGCUACUGUUGUUUUAUUUUGGGAAGGGUACUUUUUUCUGUAACUGUGAUCAGUUUCUGUUUUAUUUUUAAUUUUGUUUUUUCGUUUCUCCCCAUUCUGUGUCGUGAUGAUUGAGCUGGUAUUAAUGAUACUGGAGAUGGUCGGAAACACAUGUUGUAGUAACUGUGAGUUUGUGGGCCUGAAAGCGUCAUACAAGGCCUUGCUGCUUUGAAAAAAAAAGGAAUAAUACUUGGCUUUAAUUUAUCCCUGUGUCAUGCUUGCCUGUGAACAGGGAUGGCAGGAAUGUGGAUCCUCAGCACAGAAAGAUUCAGGCAGGUGGAAGCUCAUUUUUGUUGCUUAUAUUGCUCCACCUGUUCCUCUGAGUGGCUUUACGUAGCAGUUAUGCUAAACCAUAAAUGUAAAAAAAAACAAAAACAGAAAGUUGGAUUAAUAAGGGAAUUAUGUGGAGUUUAUGAAUUUAACCUUUUAUCUUUUCUUUUGCCAUUGUAUCUUUUUUUAAAUAUAAUGAAUCUACAUUCUAUAGUAUGUAUAUGAGAUUUUUACAUGAAUGUGUGGAUGUUCCAAACUCUUGGCAUCAAAAGUAGAAAAACAAAAUUGACUUGUAAAUAGGCCAAGUCAUUCCUAGCGAGUUCAACAAAUUGUUAUGUCCAAAAGAAGAUGUUUUAAUAAUAAACUAUGACGAUGGGUACAAAGGUAUAUACAAAACAAUGCAUGUAUAGUCUCAAGCAAUCGCACGGUGAUUUAAAAAAAAAAAUGUUGUCUACAUGUUUUCUCAAAAAAGUGAGAAUAAAGCAGAGAAGGGUUCUAUGUUAUAGGAUUACAAACAUGAAGGAUGAGACAUUAUUUUGGUAUGUGUGACACGGGCAUGUUCAGUCUUACUGUGACGUUAUGUGACAAUGAUGAUAGUGGCUGAGAGUGCGAAAAGGAGUCAGGAAUGCUUGAACGCACCCCAACCAGAGAAGUCACCAGUGAUGGUGUCCUCUUUCCACAGAGUAACUCUCCCAUUUGUAGAGUAGUGUGAUAUAAGAACAAAAAUAAUACAGAAAAUAGAUCUAUGAUAUAAUGAUAUAUAAAUUUAAAAGCCUACUGAUACUGGAGAUACUAAUUUAUCAGUGUGGAUGCCAUGAUAUUCUGUGAGAAAUGUGUGUGUUUUUCCUGUGAGAAGACAGCAGGCAGUUGAACCUGCCUUCUUUUGUACAUAAGUUGCUGUGAUUGUGUGUCAAAUAAAGUGCAGCUCUCUUGUA